AUGCAAGUACAUGUGGAAUUGGCUUUGGCGGUUAGUCUUCUUGGAGAUAUUGGAGGGGUUGCGAUACGGAAAGAGAUUGUGAAUGCUGGGGGGAUUGAGAUCUUGAAGGCUGUUGCGAAUGCGGGUGGACCUGAGGAGGUCAGAAAAGCUUGUGAGUUGGCGAUUACGAGUGUUACAGGAAAUCUGUUUUCGAGGAAUGCGGCAUCUGCCAAAACUGCUAUGGCACAUAAUUGGAGUGGAGGAUGUCCAGAUUUUUAUCCUCCAUGUCCGUUGGUGGUCGGUAUGUUGGAGGAGUGA